CGAUAUACAUAAUAUUUACUUGAUCCCCGUCUCUUUACCCUUGUCUAGCCUCCCGAUUCGUGUCUGAUCUCAAUCCCCAAGCCGCUUAACCCGUCGUCCGUCUCCGCUUCUAUACCUAGAUUCCAACUUGUGAUAUCGAGAUACCACUUAUCCACGGAAGUCCCUGGCUGCUUCCGGAUCUAUAUAAAGAGGGUCGGACUCGUCCUUCGAUAGGAAUUUCCAAUCUCAUCUACUCAUACCUAUAGCUUGAAAACCAAGCAUUACAAGAACCAACUAUCCGUUAUCUUAAUAAAUCACAUAUAUCAAAAAUGGCCGCUAUCGUUGAGGCUCGUUAUGGAAAGGAUAACGUCCGCGUUUACAAAGUCCACCGCGAUGAGAAAUCUGCCGUCCAAACUGUCACCGAAAUGACCGUUUGUGCUCUGCUAGAAGGAGAGAUCGAGCCCUCAUAUACCGACGCCGACAACAGUGUUGUCGUUGCAACGGACUCAAUCAAGAACACCAUCUACAUCAAGGCCAAAGAGAACCCCGUGACUCCUCCUGAACUCUACGCCAGCAUCCUCGCGUCGCACUUCGUCGACACGUAUAAGCAUAUCCAUGCUGCUCACGUGAAAGUCAUCGUCCACCGCUGGACCCGUAUGACCCUGGAUGGGAAGCCCCACCCCCACUCGUUCUUCCGUGACGGAAACGAGACGAGGAAUGUUGAAGUUACUGCCCGGGAAGGAAAGGGCAUCGAAGUUCGCAGUAGCAUCUCCGGACUGCUGGUCCUGAAGAGCACUGGCUCCCAAUUCCACGGCUUCGUCCGUGAUGAGUACACCACUCUCCCUGAAGUCUGGGACAGAAUUCUGUCCACCGAGAUCGAUAGCACGUGGAAGUGGAACAACUUCGAGUCUUUGAGAUCGGUGCGGGCCUCUGUUCCAAAGUUCGACAAGGCGUGGGCUGCAGCACGUGAGAUUACGAUGAAGCUGUUUGCGGAGGAGAACAGCCCGUCUGUGCAAAAUACCAUGUAUAAGAUGUGCGAGCACAUCUUGAAGGCAGUGCCGGGUGUUGAGACUGUCGAGUACUCGCUGCCCAACAAGCAUUAUUUCGAGAUUGAUUUGAGCUUCCACAAGGGUAUUAAGAACACGGGGGCUGAUACCACUGUCUACGCUCCGCAGUCGGGUCCGAAUGGCUUGAUCAAAUGCACCGUUGGGCGCAAGGACAAGCUGGAGAAAGGCAAAUUAUAGAAGAGUUGUAGCUGCAUAUGAUAUUGGCGAGGAUGUUUUGGGUUUCUUCUUUGGUAUAUAUGGGACAUGUUCAUGUCGCACAAGUUCUUGUUUUUAGCUACGCUUCCUGUACAAAUUAGGUCAUUCCCACUCCCUUUACACAUCAUUGGGCACGCACUGGGGUUUUCACAUGAGAUAGAUAUUGAGCGUUGGUUUCUUCUCCCCUAGUACGUAGCCUCGACAAAGUUCAAGAA